AUGAGAGAAGAACAUUUCAAGGAACUCAGAAGAAAUAUUACUGCUGAGUUGACAGAAAUAAAGAAAACCAUCCUUCAAAAGAUGAAACACAAGCUGGAAGAAGCCCUCAGUCCAGUUUCUGAUGAAGCAAGGAAACUUCCUCUCUUGUCCCUCAUAGAAGGACUUAAAAGAAGCUACACAGGCAAAACUAUAAUGAUAAGAAAAAAUAAAAGAGCGAAUAACAAAAGGGCACCCAAAAGCGCCAAGAAGAGGCCUUCGGUCAUGCUACAGGUUGAGGAUCAGUCGUUUGUGUUCGACGGAGAUGGACUUAAGGUUGUGGGCUCAUGGGAUGGCAAGCAGUAUAAAGGAAUGCUUGAUGAAAUUAAUGGGAUACUCAAGAAGCACAUAACUAAACGAUAG